AUGGGCAUUUCUGCGACGGCGGGCGGGGAUGAGACAAACAACACAGGCAAAGACCCCGUGCUCAUCAAGAUCAUUGAGGCUGCGGAUGUCGUGGGUACUGGUAGAGCGACAAGGCUGUGCAGGGGUCUCAUGCUGCCGCUGGACGCGUUCGACAUGGCUCAGCCACUGCAUGUAUACGGAGUGGAAUCUUUUGUCGCUGUUGAGAUGCGCAACUGGCUUAUGCAGACCCUAAAGGCGGACAUCGCUGUCUUUGAGAUCUUGGGCGGUUCAACGGCCGAGACCCUAGGCAGGACCGUGGCGGACAAGGUCAGGGCAUCGCUAUGA